CAGCUAGCUGCAGCGUCGCUAUGAAGCCCAGAGAGGACGCCAUGAUGAGCUCCAUUGUGCAGAGGAUCGCGCGGCAGGCCCUCGUCACCUUUCGGAACACGCCUCGGCUCGGCGAGGAGGCCGUGAAGUGUUUCGCGGAGAACCACAGCAAACUGCACGGCCUCAUGAGCGAAGUGCGAGCGGGUGACCUGAAGCUCGUCCCGCCCGCAUCGCCCCCUCUCCGCAGUGCGCCCCCGGUUACGUACAUGCACAUUUGCGAGACGGAGCAAUUCAGUAUGGGGGUGUUCCUGCUCAAGAGCGGAACCUGCAUCCCCUUGCACGACCACCCGGGAAUGCACGGCCUGCUCAAAGUCAUGUACGGGAAGGUUCGUAUCACCUGCAUCGACAGGCUGGAGCGGCCACCCGGCGCCCCGCCCUCCCCGCCGCAGGGGGGCGCUCUGCGGCGCUGCCUGCUGCGCUCCAUCGGCGAAUACACGGAGGACAGCGAGCCGUGCCUGCUGGCUCCUGAUCGGGACAACCUGCACCAGAUCGAUGCCGUGGACGGCCCCGCGGCCUUCUUGGACAUCCUGGCCCCGCCUUAUGACCCGGAUGAUGGCAGGGACUGUCACUACUACCGGGUAAUGGAGGCGGAGCUGGGAGACCCGGAGAGCCGGGAGGUGUGGCUCAUGGAGAUCUCACAGCCCCUGAACUUCUGGUGCGGAACCGAGCCCUACCCGGGCCCUGAGGUACGCCUCUGACCCGGGUGGGGUGGGUGACCCGCUUGCCGUUUUCUUGUCACUCUGCUGCACAUGUGCAGACUGCUGGAAGAGUUUGAUUUGAUCUGCUGCCAUCUUUCAUCAAGGUUAGCUUGGUGCUAACAUGGUAAAUGUAGUUUUUCACGACCAGGAGGAGAACAGACGCAAGGUCGAUAACACAACAGGACGAUGCAAUGAUGCCUGUUUAGCAUUUUUAGCUCCACAGCUUGACUCCACUGUGACAACUUUGAAACAUUUCAGCGCGAAAGACGAGGGAUGAAGAGUUUGUAAGUAACUACGAAUGCAACGUGAUGCCAAUAAACAAGAAUGAACUAAGGACGUGAGUUGGUGUGCUUUUAGCAGUGCAGUAGUUAGCGUUAUUAGGAUGUAUGUGCUUCUGUGUAGUCCAUGGGGGACCAAGCGUUUUCCACUGAGGGCCACAUAGUGACAAAUGAAGAGAUAUAUAUCUUUCAAGAAAAAACUGCAUGUCAGCUUUGUCAUCCAGGAGAAAAAGCAUAUUAUUAGUGUCAACUUUUGCUGCUGCUUUUUUAAAUUCAUUUUUUUCUUAAGUAAUGAUUGUAAAUUUUCUUCUCAUAAUAUUAUGUCUUUAUUUCCAUAAUAGAACUUUUUGCCCAACCUGCUUUUCCAAAAAUGACAACUUUUUUUUGUUUCUCAUAAUAUUUUGACUUGAAAAAUUAUAUUUUGUCGAAUACCCUUUUUCCUCGUAAUGCAGCUUUUUUUUUCUUGUUAUAUUCCGACUUUUUUCUUUUAAUAUUUGGACUUUAUUCUCAGGAAAUUCUAGCUGUUUUUUCCAUUUCUGCUAACUUUUUUUAUUCCCGUAACAUAACUUUAUAUUUUGUUUUUCCUAAAAUUAAAAACUUUUUUUUAAAGUAAUUUUUUCUCAUAAUAUUACGAGCUUAUUCUUGUAAAUAUGUGACUUUUUUUUUCUCGUUAGAAUCCGACUUUUUUCUCUUGAUUUUUUUUUUUUUACUUUAUUCUUGCCGGGUUUUUUUUUUUUUAUUUCCAACUAUUUCAACGUGAAAUUUUCGUCUCGUAAGUAUGACUUUAUUCUCAUAAUAUUUUGACUUUAUUCCUAUAACAUAACUUUUUCCACAGCCUGAAUCCUAUCCUGAAAUGUACAACUUUAUUUUCUUUGUUUUUUCUAAUAUUACAGCUUUAAAAAAUGUCUUGUUUAAUGUCUCUUUUUAAUGUUUCAAUUUGACUGAAAUUGUUAUUUUUCCUCAUAAAAUUACGGGUUUAUUCUCGUUAGAAUGCAACUUUUUUCGGGCAAUAUAUUGGCAUUCUUGUAAAAUUACAUCCGUAAUUUCCCUUUCUGCUAUUGAUUUUUUUUUCAAGUAUUUCAACUUCCUUCAAGUACGUUUUCCUCUCAUAUGACUUUAUUCCCAUCAUAUUUUUUCCCAACUUUACUAAAAUUACAUUUUUUCUCAUAAUUUUACGUUAUUUUCAAAAAAUUACAACUUCUUGUUAGAUUACAACUUUUUGCUAAUAGUGUUUUGACUUUAUUUUUGUAAAAGUAUAAAAUACUUGAAUAUUUCAACUCUAUGCUACUAAAAUUACAUUCUUUUUCCUCAUAAUAUUGCGAGUUUCUUCUUGUAAAAUUGUGGCUUUUUUCCCUCAUUAUAAUACAGCUUGUUUCUCUUAAUAUUUGGACUUUAUUCUCGGGAAAUUUCUGCUUUUUUUUGUUUUAACUUUCCAAAUAUUUCAACUUUCUUGUAAAUUUUCUUCCUGUAAUUAUGCCUUAAUUCCAAUAAUAUUUUGGCUUUAUUCUUGUAACAUAACUUUUUCCACAAAUUACAACUUUGUUGGUUAUUUUGUUUGUUUUUCCUAAUAUUCCGACUGUCUUUUUUUCUUUAAUGUUUCACCUUUUACUAAAAUGACGUUUUUUCCUCAUAAUAUUACCUUAUUUUUCUUUUUCCCAUGAGAUUACAGUUUGUUUCUCUGAAUAUUUGGGCUUUAUUCUCAUAAAAUGACAUUUCUGUUGUUGUUGCUGUUGGGGUUUUUUUAUUGUCCGACUGUUUCAACUUUCUUGUACAUUUUCUUCCUGUAAUUACGUCGUGUAAUAUUUUGACUUUAUUCUCAUAGCAUUAUAACUUUUUCCGUAACCUAAUUUAAAAAAAAAUUACAACCAUGUUACUUUGUUUGUUUUUCCUAAUGUAACAUGUUUUGUUUUGUUUUUUACUUAAAAUGCUGUUAUUUUUCUUCAUAUACAAUAUAUAUACAAUAGUACGACUUUUUCUUGUUGAAUUACGACUUUUUUCUCAAUAUUUUGACAUUUCAGUUCGUUUUCUUGUUAUAUUAUGUCACGCC